CCGAGCUCGACGCACCAACUCUUCUCGACGAUCGCCACUCUACUACCCAGUCAACAUGCUGCCGUUCUCUAUCGACAGGCUGGUCGGCGUGGAGAAGCCAGGCCCCCUGAGGGAAGACGACCACCUCCCCGCUCCGCUGCUCAGCAUCGUCCGGUGCAGCCCGUCCGUGUCAGUGUCAGACCCCGAGUCGUCGGGGUCCGAGGACGACCGGGCCAGCAGCAUCUCACCCGUCGGCGCCAGCCCCAACCCCCUGCCGACGACCGCCAAGCCCGAGUCGUCGCCGCCCGAGUCGCCGUCGUCCGAGCUGGAGAAGCCCCGCCACUCCUACAUCGCCCUGAUAGCCAUGGCCAUCAUGUCGUCCAAGGACAAGCGGCUCCUCCUGGGCGACAUCUACCAGUGGAUCAUGGACAACUUCCCGUUCUACCGCAACAACGAGCGGUCCUGGCGCAACUCCAUCCGCCACAACCUGUCCCUCAACGACUGCUUCAUCAAGGCCGGGCGCUCCCAGGACGGCAAGGGCAACUACUGGGCCAUCCACCCCGCCAACAUGGACGACUUCGGCCGGGGAGACUUCCACCGCCGCCGCGCCAGGAGGAACGUCCGCCGCUACACCGCCAUGGCACAGCACCCCUACAUGCAGUACGGCUACCAGUACACCGCCAUCUCCCAGCCGUCAGUGUCGGCCUACAGCUACGCCGCCGCCGCCCACCCUGCUGCGCACCCGGCCGCCUACGCCGUGCCCGUGACGUCGGCGUACGCCACGUCCCUGCCGUACCCCGCCGUCAUGACGACGUACCCGCGCUCCGACGUCAUGGCGCUGCCCUACACCAGCUACAGCUACCUGCCCUCCGCCUCCCCGCAGAUGGUGCCCGCGCCCGUCCAGAGUCUGCAGAGAGUCACGCUGUAAGAACUGACAGAAGGAAAACUGUAUACGGACAAUUGACCAGUAUCUGUACAUACCUGUAAAUAAUUCAAGUGUAUAUACAUGAAGCAUUUUUGCAGCUAAAAAUCGGUCUUGACGCCACGACAAAUUGUACAGAAGCCUUGAAAUGUCCUCGGUCUAAUCAUUCCUUUUCUCAAACCAUUGUCUGCUGACUGUAUGAAAGUUUCAAUCUGUAUCCAAGCUCCAGUAACAAUGCAAAUGUGUGUAUAUAUCAUACCGAGUUGCGUUAAAAGUACUCGUAGUUAAUAGCGAAACUAAGUGCAAUAAGUAAAACGCAAAUGUAUAUACGAUUAUUCUAAAGCUGCUUGUGAUGUUUAAAGUUGUUCGAAUACAUGUACUUGAAAAUUUUGCUGGAACAAAAUUCUUCAAAAUUAUGUUAUAUUUUGUUGACGCAACUUUCUUGACCUUCUCAAUAAAAGAUGAGAAAAUG